UCACCCAGAUCAUCCUUUCUGCGUCUCGGCAUUACAGCGCAGCAGACUACUGUCUGAGCCCAGCUGUCGCACUCGGCAUAGCUCCUCCGUACGAUCACACGUACGCGCAUCCCAUUCCGGUCCAUCCCCCCUUUCACUGGACUGAACACCCGGCGAACGGUGGGACACGAGAAAAGCAGUCAGCGGCGAUUUGCUCCUCAAACGGGACACGGUCUCUAUCGCCAAGAAAGGGAGUAAGGUCUGGGACCCGGGCGUCGAGGCGGUGUGAGACCUCCGAUCAGGCUUAAAAAUGGCAGCUACGGGACCAGGGGCAGCGGAUGAGGCCUCGCCUUCACGGCCCCCGUCCUGUCCCUCCACAGCCCAGUCAGGGAUGCCCAGCAGGCCCCCCAGGUCGGAGCUCCAGGAGAGUCUGGUGUACAUGCAGUGCUGUGGGCAGGACAGCGUCAAAGGGAUGCCCAGUACCGGCCCAGCGGACAAUCAUCAGGGGCCUGUCUUCUUCCCCCAGAGGAGGACAGAGGGGGGCUGGGCCAACCCCCCAGCGCCAAUGCAGACUACAACUCCCAUAAUGCCCAGAUUUCGGAGUCCAGAGUCGGUGGAGAUGGAUGAGAUCAUGGCCGCCAUGGUUCUGACCAGCUUGUCCUGCAGUCCUGUUGUCCAGAGUGUCCCCCAGUCAGAACCCACCCCUGGGCCAGCCGGGCCCCCGGGGGACAUGGAGUGCGCUGGCGGCGAGCUGUCUGACAGCGGCAGCAGCGGCUACUGGAGCUGGGACCAUGGUAACGUCAGCCCCGCCCCCUCCCCGUCCGUCACAGAGAUGGACAGCAGCCCAGACGAAGGGCUGCACAUGGAGCCGGAGCAGUGGGAGGAGCUAACUGGCAGGAAGUCAAAGAGCUCCUCCAGAGGGGCCUACAGGUGCUUGUGGCCAGGCUGUGGGAAGGUGCUCACCUCCUCGGUCGGGAUGAAGAGACACGUCAGGGUGCUGCACCUGGGAAGUGGAUCAGAGCACUCGCAGAGAGAGGAAGACUUCUACUACACUAAGUUCUCUAGUGAAGUGUCAGUGGACACCGGCCCGGUACCCCAGACCCAGACCCCCCACACCCCCUGGGCCUCCUGUGGCUCUCCUCCCUCCUCAGACCUGCAGAUCCCCCCAGGACCCAGACCCAGGUCCAACUCUGGCCCGCUCCAGCCCUGCUCGCUCAGCCGUUCUGCCCCCAGCGGCCUCUGGCAGAUCCACACUGAGCACCUUUAUCAGGCCUGCUCUCCUGUCCAGGUGACGGUGGCCUCCCAGACCCCCGCCUCCCAGUGCUGGACUCCCCCCAUCUCAGUGUGUGGCCAUACAAAUGCUCAGACGGUGCGACCUCGCUGCAGGUCUGUCAGUGUGGGAGAGCAGUGGCUGCAGCAGAACAGCACCACCAGCAGGCUCCAGACCAUGACUUCAUCCCCCUCCCGCGCUCACUGCUCCUUCAGGAAGGGACGGGGAGAGGCCAAGAAAUGCCGUAAGGUUUACGGUGUGGAGCGCAAAGACCAAUGGUGCACAGCCUGUCGCUGGAAAAAAGCAUGCCAGCGCUUCCCUGACUAAGUGUGUUUAUGUGUGUAUGUGUGUUUGUGUGUGUGAGAGAGAAAGUGAAAGAGAGAAAGGAGGGCUGAUUGGAAAAGAGGUACUAUAAAAAAAAGAUACAUCAAGGUUUGAUUCCAUCAAGACAAACAACAGCCACGCUUUCUUCCUUAUUUCAAUCAGUUGUGUUUUUUUCGUUUUUCACUUCCUUUACCAAGAAAUUCGUGGAGUGAUUCUGUGCACCUUGACUUCAGAUGUUUGCAGUGGUGCUAGUUGUUAAGACUGUCAUGUGGUAGACUUGCUCUUUCCCCUCCGUAAAGGACCCGUCCCCUUAACCCUCCACAACCAUGUAGUAGAAGACUCUGAACAUCUUCCAAGCUCUUCCACUCAUGGCAACUACAAUACUUAAUGAAUACUUCUAUAUUGUGUGCUAUGAAUUCCUCAUGAGUAUUUUGUAUCUUUUUUUCAUUUUGUUUUCAUUAUUAUAAUUUUUUUCAUCACUCGUUUUUCUUGGUCCACGUAAAGGGCAGACGGCCUCCUCUUGAUGUUUUUCAGGCACUUUGUUUAAAUGUAUUUGUCAAGAAUAAGCUACUUUCUGUUUGACUCGUAUACUCUCUAAAGUUCAUCCUGUACAUCCUUCUUCCCCAUGUUGGAAACAGUAUUCUGCUCUGGUCUGUAAACUAUCGGUCCUCAAGGGAACUGGCCAUAUUAGAAGAUUGAAUUUGUUAACAGCAUUCUAAUAAAAAAAUAAAAAAACUAA